UGAGUACUAUCCUGUCUUUCACUUCUACAUAACAUGCAUUGAGCGCUUGCCAACAAGAUUCACUAUACAAUAUCAUUUUAAGCGUGCAGAUAUGGUGGAAGCCAAUAGCACCGAGAAGUUGCACGCGGCGUGCGAUGAAUGCCGCAUGCGGAAACUGAAAUGCUCGGGAAACCAUCCAACAUGUAGUCGAUGUGAAAGAGAAAAUAUAAACUGUCGAUACUCCCCGCAGAAGCCCAUGGGACGGCCGAGGAAAAGGAGGCGCGAGGACGGCGAAGUACAAUCUUCGGAGCAAGUACCACAGCAGCAACAACAACCAUCAUCCACAGCGCCGAGCGCGGAAAAUUUCGACUCACCAAACUUGAACGACCUGGAGAAUUCUUUUGGGUUCGGCGAGAUGUUUGGAGUGGAAGGCUUUCAAAGUGACACCGGCUUUCCUAUGGAAUUCCCGGCAUACUCUGCAGCAGCCGUGAACAAUGAACUCGGACAAGAUGCCACACCACCAGAACCCGACUUCAACGCCAACUCCAUCGACCCCUCACUCUGGAGCAUGCCCAACCCCAAUACGUCCCCCCAAAGCAACAGCACAAUUUCAGACACGGGACCCUGCAGUUGCCUCUCCCUAACAUACCUCACCAUCACCGACCUCCAAGCUAUCACCGACUUCACCUUCCCACUAAUCAUUCCCCGCCUCCGCACAGCCCUCAACGCCGCCAGCACGAUCCUACACUGCCCCAAAUGCCCCCAGCAGUCCUUCGCCGCAAUGCAAAACGUGUCGUCCCUCACGUCCCUCCUAACCGCCCUCGCAGAACGCUACCACCGCGUCCUCGAACAUGUCGAAACCGAAGCUGCGCGCGCAGACGCAGCGAGCGAGAAGAAGUCCUUCAGAGUCGGCGACAGUAGCCCUGAGAACCUGCAUCUCCACACCGGCGCGCUCGACUGUCCCAUGGGCUUCGUGGUACAGCUCGAUCCCAAGGACUGGAAGAAGCUGUGUAAGACGGCGCUCAAGACGGAGGUGUUGGGUGGUGGGCAUUUCCAGAUGCCGUUGGUGAAAUUGCUAGAUGAGAUGGAGGCUAGGCAGAAGAAGUGGCAUGUUGAUAAGAGUAUGGAGUCGCAGGAGCGGGCGAACAUGUUUGGGGCGCCCAAUGGGCAGUGCAAGGAUGGGAGUGGGGGGGCUUUGUGUUUGAGGAUGGCCAAGUCGGUGAGGUCGAUGAUAGGGACUAUGGCGUGGGAUGACUGA